AAAAAAUACACAGUACCCCUACUGGUGUGAAGUGAGUAGUGAGUAGUGAGAAGAGACAGAGAAGUAGCAGAGAAGAAGCGAAGGGGUGGGAGGGGUCCAUUUUGCUUCAGUGCACGAAAAUAACUCAUUUCAGUGUAUUGCAUUUUUUUUUUUGUCAACUUUCAUCUCAAUCAAUCUUUUUUAAACUCUUCCUUCUGCUUGUAACUAACUCUACCAAUAUCAGUGUGCUCUCUUUCUAUUUCUCUUUGCAGCUGAGCUAUGCUUCGACUUUUAACAUAAGGACCUCAAAUUUUCAGCUACUUCUCAGAUCCGCACCACAUUCUUCUCAAAAACUUCUACAUUGUCUAUAAUUAUUCUUGAAUUCCCUUUUUUCUUUUGGUUUUAUUGUAGAUCUUGCUUAAUUUCAGUGCGUUUCUUCGCUUGUCUUAGUGAAUUCCUAAUAUUUUAAAAAAAAUCUUUUUCUGCUAUUUUCCGUUCAAUCUGUUGGUUGAGGAAAUUGAAUUGGUGCCCUUAUUACAUUUUCUGUACCUUUUUUGACGACUGUGGUUUCCGGGCCAGCUUGUACGCACAAUUCCACCUGGAUUGAGUUGAAGUCCCAUUGUUCCCAGCGUCAGGCUUUUAGUAAUGGGGAAGUCUCCGGGAAAAUGGAUCAAGGCUGUGCUUUUUGGGAAAAAGUCAUCCAAGUCUAGUUUGUCAAAGGACAUCAGCGGUGAGAAAAGGUUUGUGACAAAGGCAUUUGUGGGGGAUCUUGCCCCUAAUCCACCAAUCCAGAAUGUUGAUAGGGGUUCUGAGACUGCAGUGGAGAAGGGGACAAGCAUUGGCAUCACAUGUGAUAGUGCUGCUUUAUCCUCUGUGAUACAAGAUAUAGAGUCGCAAGUUACAAAUGGAGCGCUUUCAGCUGAUGAUGCCGAGUUAAAAAGGCUAGAGCAAGCUGCAACAAAAGCACAAGCAGCCUUUAGGGGUUACUUGGCUCGUCAGGCAUUUCGAGCACUUAAAGGCAUUAUACGGCUCCAAGCUCUUAUUCGUGGGCACUUGGUAAGGAGGCAGGCAGUUGCUACUCUACGCUGCAUGCGGUCAAUUGUUAGUGUUCAGGCAUUAGCUCGUGGUCAAAGGGCUAGACUUUCAGAUCCCGCCCAUCAGGUCCUUAGGAGGUACAAUUACGGAGAACUUAAGGAUGCUAAGCAGGUGGACUUAACUGUUGUAAGCAUGUCUGUUAGGCCAGAAAAGCUAACAGCUAGUGCAUUUGUUUGCAAGCUUCAUGCUGCAGUGCCAAUCGCCAUGCCCUUGAGCCUUCAGUAUGAUGAGUGUGAACCUAAUUCAGUUUGGCAGUGGCUUGAACGCUGGUCGCUAUCUCGCUUUUGGGAGCCACUUCCACAACCAAAGAAAGUUGUUGACACAAAGUCACAGAAAAAACAAGCCAGCGUACAGACUGUUGGGACAGAAGUAGUAAGAUCAAAACGGAGUGUCAGGAAGGUUCUUUCAGCAGCAACUGGUGAUGCUAGUACUGUAAGUUCUUCUGAACCUGAAAAAACCAGGCGUAACAUGAGGAAAGCCAUGACUCAUAAGAUAGAAUCAGUGCAAGAUCAACCUCAAAAUGAACUUGAGAGGGUCAAACGGAAUCUAAGAAGAGUUACUGCAGCUGUGGCAACACCUCCAGAAAAGUCAGACGCAGAAACUGAUAAGGCACGACAGAUUCCUAUUCCAGCUCAAGCUCAGGCAAAAACCUCAAUAUCCUCAGCUUCUAAUGUUGGUGAAGUACUGGUGGUUAAUUCUCCUGAGAAAACAAGUGAUUCAAUUUCUGAAAUUGACAAUUUAGCUUUGACUGAAGCUCUGAGUGAUUCAAUUUCUGAAAUUGACAAGUUAGCUUUGACUGAAGCUCCUAUGCAAGUAGCUGGGGAGGAACCAAAUGAUGUGUUGCAUGAUCAUCAUCCUACAGUUGAGCAACAGCAAUUAGAAGAGGAAAAUGUUGGUAAGAGCAAGAACAGUCCAAUUGUUAAUGAGGAGCUUAGCUCCAAAGAAGAUCAAACUAGUAAAGAGAGAACUAGGAGGAGGCGAUCUCUUCCAUCAAAGGAAGAGAACUCUGAGAAUAUCUCUCAGAAUACACCAAGUGUACCCAGCUAUAUGGCAUCAACUCAAUCUGCAAAGGCGAAGCUUAAAGCACAAGGGUCUCCUAAGGUAAGUGAAGAUGGAGCUGAAAAUGGUGUUGUCCGGCGUCAUUCUCUACCAUCCUCUACCAAUGGCAAAAUCAGCUCAUUGUCACCUCGGGUGCAAAGGCCUGUUCAAGCAAAUGGAAAAAGUGGAAACAAGAACAACAGAUCAAUGUCAGUUUCUAAAGAUGAAAAAGCGUUUCAACCUGGUUGGAGGAGAUGAGUUCAACAAUUUGCUCAAUCAACAAACAGUAAUGGUGCAUGUGGUGGCAACUUUGUUUCUUGUGCUAUCUUCAAAAGUUUAAACUGCUAAUUCAGAACAGCUGUUGUUUGAUAUCAUUAGCAUCUUUAUCAUGUUUCCAUUAGUGGUGUGGGUUUGUUUGCAUGAGAAUGUACAGUUGGUUGUAGAACGAGAGAGAAUGUUUCAGUUAACAGCAUGUAUUUUUUAUUUUUUAUCUACUGUUUUUACUUUUUACUAAUUGA